AUGGCCCAUACAGAACCGUGUGAAAGAGAGACUGUAACCCAGCAGCUGAUACAGCACGACCCCGACGAUCGGAGCAACAGCAGCAGCAACAGCAGCAGCAAUGGACUUGAUGUUCAUAAAAUGAGACCGGCAAGCGCGAAAUUAUCUCAAGGAUCUCUGAUGACUCGGUUCUACACUCGAAGCAUCGUUCUUGUCUUCAUUCCACCUCUCGUGGCUGCUUAUUUUGUGGUCAUAUGGCUAGUGCUUCUGCGAAAAGGCGCCGAUCCCGCGGUCAGAUAUGCCUAUAUUUCAGAACUAUGGGUGUAUUACUUAUGGUUUGUUAUCUGUACCUUCGGUAUUGGAUGGUCCAAAUAUGGACUCGCUGGCGUCGAGGUGGCGAUGCUUCAAAGUCGCCGGUUUAGCGUUGUGGACAAGGAGACCCUUUAUAUGCACAGUGGCAACAGUUGGAGCGGACCAGAUGGCUGGAUAGGCUGCUUGGGCCGAUUGCUCCAGGGCAAGAAAAGCAAGGCCGAUCGCCUGUGGUACCUACUAUCAGCUCUCAGCUUGCUACCGUUUGUCGCCCUCCCAAUUUCAGGUCUCUGCAUGGAGUUAACGGAUGGAUACAUCUACUCGUCUGCUGCACCCAUGGUGAUUGGCCGCAGGUGGGAAGACUUUAAUAACCGACAGCCAUUCCAAACCACCACCCGGGCUCGAAGUCGAUGGGAGACGGGGGCUUCGGCCAACCUUCCCGGAAUCGGGAUUCUUUAUACGCCACCUUAUACACGGCGUGAUCAGAUCACUGGCCUACACAGUCUCCCAAACAGCUUCCCUCUCGAAGAACUGGCACCGGAGCUCUUCGUUGGUCCGCAGGCGAAAACACCCAUCGAUGGUCACGCAUGGGGGCUGCAUGUGGGAUACGACUGCUCGAUAGUGCGCGACGCUUCUGAGUUUACGAUUAUCUCAAACCGGUCCAAAGUGGCCAACAUUGGACGGGGUUCAUACAGAUACACACGGGGACAGAGCACGGAUGUGGAGGUGUCUGUUGGUUCUCUGGAUAAUACUGUUUACGUCUCCAAUAGCAGCAUUGGAGAUCCUCUAUCAUCGUUUAAUUUGUUUGCCUAUAUGGAGAUGGCCGUCAGCAAUUCAUCUGACCCUGCAUACGACGGGACACAGCUCAGCUCUGUCAAUGUCCUAGAACUAGCUAUAUGGCAAGCGAGAAAAGAAGCCGCCUAUCGAGAACACCCGUUCGACGUGCACAUCGACGUGCCAGUGCAAGGCAUGGGACAACCUUUCAUUCAGCUUCCCAACGGGACAUUAACCAGCAACAGAACUUUCUUAGAAGCCUACGGUACACUAGACCAUGUGCUCGAUGAUAUCGUGUCUCCCGUUGACUCGGUGAAAUUUAUAUACCUAGCCCCCCCAAUUGGUCUACGAUGCACUCGCCUCUCAGCCCUCGGGUUCGCAGAUGUUUCAGCGAAAACCAGUUCAUUCCACAACUUUACGAAAACAGCACCUCCCGAUUUCAACUGGGACGAAGAGGAAGCCCAAGCCCCACUCUUCGGUUAUACCGUGAGAAACAUACUCCGCCGUCAAUAUCUGAGAUUCUACGAUUCAAUCAAUCUAGCUCCCCCCAUAACAGUUUCCAACUCAGUAUUCUACAGAGGGUUCCUCCAGGCAGAGGAGCUCCGACGAUCUGUCAUGCUAGCUCACGCCCUGGACGCUCUUCAAUUAAUGUACGACGGCGUGUCGAGUCUCGGGAACGCUUAUUCCAACCCGAACCUUACAUCCUCGAGGUCCGGAAGGGUCCUUAUUCCCGGUGUGAUCCCUGCUAUAUUUCCUGCUGUCUUUUUUCUGAUCUGGGCUGGGGCUUGUUUAAUCCUCGGAGUGAGGUAUGGGUUCGUUCGGCGUUGCUCGGAUACAUUGGAUAGACGGUGUUUGUUUGAACUCGAUAAACCAGACCAGGGAUGCGUUUGA